AUGGAAUCUGCCAACGUGACGUAUUUCUUGUAUGCGGGGAGUCUACUGAGAUCGUACCGACAUCGUGGAAUUGUUCCUUGGGACGACGACAUUGACGUGAUUGUUCCUUUUAGACAAAGAUCAGAUCUCCGCUCGACCUUGUCUGACCUUGGACCGUUAUUCACCCUCGAUAUUUCAACGAAAAUUCGUUGGAAGUUUUAUUCCAUUUUGUCGAAAGCAAUAAAAUCUAAAAGCUGGAAAUGGUCGUUUCUCGAUAUAAGUUUUUACUUUGAAAACGAUACUCACAUCUGGGAUACCGACAGGCGCUGGAGACUGACUUCCAUCUACAACAAGUCGAUUGUGUUUCCACUCCGAAAGGGACGUUUGUUGAAUAUGAGUUUGCCGGUUCUGUGA